AUGAGCAAAGGAGUCUUGAAAUGGAACUCUGUUAAGGAUAUCACUGACGUCGUAGAACAAAACAAUGACACAAAAAAAGAUAAGGUUAAAAAUUCUAUAUUAGAAGAAGUAUUUCCUCCCAGAGUAUGGACUCACAUUGAUAAUGAUAACAAAGUGAUAACUUUGAGACAGACAAUUUCUAGAGAACCUUCAAAUAGAGACGAGGUGACAAAAAUGAUUAUCGUAUUGAACCAACUAGAACAGUUUUAUGGAUUUAAGAAAACAGGGAUAUGCGAGAAAAGAAACUAUAUAUACAAUUUAUUUUUCGAUGAAGUUUUAAGACAAAUCAUAAUUUUGGAUGAAGAUCUUGGAGCAAUUUUAUUUAGGAUUCACAACGAGUACAAAAAUACGAUUUUCAUCUUAAAAUGUAUGUUCGAUAAAGCAGUGUUCUCUCAAGAUAUGUAUCCGGAUUCAUUGAACGUCAAUGCAGAAUAUGACAAGGAAGUCGAAGACUUGAAAACAAUAAAUGAUGAUUUAAAAAUAAAAUGUAGACAGUCAAAACAGAAAUAUUUAGAUAAGUUGAGGAAAAAAGAGUCGGGUGAGAAUUAUAAAUUAAUAAUUGCGUUGAAAUUUAAAUACAAAAUGCUGAUGACCUACGUUAAACGAUCAACAGAACAACUCAAAGAACAGAUGAACAUGAUAACGCCAUCAACAAAGACUUCUUAUCUGAUCCAAAGUAAAGUCAAUCCCACCUAG